AUGGAGGCCGACGGCGCCGCGCUCGAUUGCUUCGAGGUGACGCUCAAGUGCGAGGACGGGGAGGACGAGGCGGAGGCCACGGUGGUGGCGGUCAUCCCGCGGCCUGAGCCCAUGCUCCGAGUGGCCCAGCAGGAGAAGACCCCGCUGCCUAGGCCAGGCUUUCUGGAUCCCAUCAGAGAUGCCCCUGAGGAGCCCGACCAGCAGAUGUCCUGGGAGCAAGAGUUCCUGGUGGGGAACAGCCCAGGGGGCAGCGGCCGGGCGCUGUGCAUGGUGUGUGGGGCUGAGAUCUGCCACCCCAAUGCGGAGACAGCACGCGCCCACAUCUUGGAACAGCAUCCCCACACCCUGGACCUGAGCCGGGCCGAGAAGAGCAACAUCCUGGAGGCCUGGAGUGAGGGCGUGGCUGUCUUGCAUGAAGUCCACGAGGAGCAGCCUUCUCCAGCCCACUCAGGUUUAGGCCGGGCUAUGGAUGGAGACCCGGACCUUCACCCGGACCCUGCCAGGGUGCCAGCUGAGAUCGUCGUACUCCUGGACUCUGAGGACAACCCCUCCCUCUCAGCCUUCCCUAAAAGGAUCCGGCCCAGGGGACUCCGCCCUCUUGAGAUUCCAGCUGUCCCCGCCACUGAACCAGCAAGUAGGAAAUCCCGUGGCCAGAGGUGGAAGGAGCCUCCUGAGGAAGAGCCUGUUAGAAAGAAAAAAGGCAAAUUUAUGACCAAAAACAUAGACCCCAACCCAGAUCCCUCGCUGCUGUUGUCACCGGACCUGCCCGCAGAGACUUUCGAAGCCCCGCCCGAGGUCCGCAGCUUCACUGAUGGCAGCUUCCCCCCGGGCUUUGUCCUCCAGCUCUUCUCCCACACGCGGCCCAGCGCCUCCAAGAGCAGGGGCCCGCCCACAGAAGGUGCCGCCACAAGAGACCUCAGCCAGCCGAAGAGCCCCUCUGCAGCUCCCCCUCCGGGGCUCCGCGGGACACUGGACCUCCAGGUUAUUCGAGUGCGGAUGGAGCAGCCUAUUCAAAUGCGGAUGGAACAGCCACCAGCCACUGCUGUCAGCUUCCUGCGGGACUGGCCUGCAGUCCUAGCAGAAUCUAGCACCCUGGAACACGGGGAGCCCAAGGCCAAGGGUGGGGUGUAGGUGCUGCUGUGCUGGGAGAGAGAGAGACGGUGGCAUCCUCUUUGGAUUCAAACUUGGAGCUGCCCUGCUUGACUGCCUGGUGCAGAGCGAAAGGUGCCUGGGCAGGGGUUGCUGGUGCAGCCAGAGCUGGGCGUUGGGUGUGUUGAGCACACCCACACAAUCCUUUUGUGUACCCAGACCUCCCUCUGUCCCAGUCACACCCUCUGCCCCUGUA